AGAAGCAGUUAUUGGAGAAAAAGACUGAACCAUACUGGUAUCAAUUUUUGCACAUAUUUGGGCAACUUAACAAACGUUGCGGUGGUUGUGUGAGGGUAAACGAAAAUGGAAGAGCUACGGAAACUGGAGAAAGUACAACGCAUGGUUUCAUUCAUGGAUUCUCACGGCGUUUCAGUUUCAAACUCCGAUCAUCACUGUAACCGCUUCCUAGCUAAUUUCAUGCUCUUUCUGUUAGAACCUUGCGGUGACCUCGCCAUCGACGUCAAAUGCUGCUUAAUUUCCGAGCUUAUGCCUAGGCUUUCUUCUCCGUUUGUUGAGGAUGCGUAUCAAUACGUUGUUGCAGAACAAGAGAGCAAUGGUUUCGAACAAAAUCUUGAUGGAAACGCAUUGCAUAGUUGCAGUCAGAUGAAAGAUAAUAAUUUAUUGCAUGGUUAUAAUGAAAACAUAGCCAUGAUUGGGCUGGAUUCCAUGCAAAAGGCAAAUUCUACCCUUGAGGAUUUUUGCAGAUCAUAUUUUAUGUUUCAUGGAUUGGAUGUAAGCAAGCCACAAUCGAUCUUCAAAUUCUUACCUAUUCUUUCAUUCACAGAGAGCUAUAUUUAUCAGUUGGAUAAAAUGAACGAGAAUUUGCUGCAAACACCAAGAAGGAAAGAUGAGAAAGCAACACAAGAUUUAGUUUCUUGUUUCUCAACUGACCCAUUUGGACCACUUGUGACUAUUUUUGAACAAAGGGGUCUUUUGACUGAAAGGAUAACCGAAGAACUUAGACACGGGGAAGAGUAUUGGGCCCUUGAAAGAAAGCUCUGUCAUGCACUGAUAAACGAAGAAGAGAUUCUUAUUGAUGAUGUGAUGAAGGCUAUUCAUUUAAAGUCUUUUGAUUAUCGAGUGCUGAAUCUUCUUCUCUAUCAACUGCAAGGAGCUAAGGCCGAGGAGUUGCAUAUGGAGUUCCUUUCAAUUUCAGAGUUCUUGGUGGAAGUUUCUGAUGAUCUGUAUGACUAUGAGGAUGAUGUUUUAGAAAAUAAUUUCAACGUUUUGCGCAUGUUUAUCAGAAUAUAUGGAGCUUCAACUGCCCCUUCUAUGUUGGCAAAGUGCAUUACUGAGGCUGAAAGUAAGUACACAAAUCUACUGGAAUUACUGGAACCGAAGUUAUCUCUGAGCUACCAGAAAAGAUGUGCAGAAGCCACUAAAGAAGGUGGAAAGGUAUCAGAGCACCCUCUUGGUACGUGGUGUAUUCCAACCGUGAUUCAAGAUGAGGAAUUGUAUAGAUCAAACUUGAAAUCAGAUACUUCUUAAAUAUAAACUUGAUCUGUGUCAGAGGUAACCGUAUCAAUUUUAGCACUUUCAUUUCAACUGUCUUGGCCAUAUGCCGAUGAUAGAGGGCUGGAAUUGAAUUGGGAAAGAAAAAUCAAAUAUUAACUGUGCAAUGGCCAGUGAAACAAUGAAAGUGAGACCGUUUCCAAUCCAAUUAUGAUUGGUCAAGACAUUCAUGACAAUUUUCAUAUAGUUUUUAUAGUCAAUUGCAAAUUCAGAAAUGUGUAUUUGGAAUAUUGGUUUUCUUCUGCUGGCAUCAAACAUAGAUUUUUUAUAUAAAUAUUAAUCCAUGGUAGAUUGUGAAGA